GCGGCGGCAGCAGCCAUGAGCCUGGUGGGGGGCUUCCCCCACCACCCGGUGGUGCACCAUGAGGGCUACCCCUUCGCCGCCGCCGCCGCCGCCGCCGCGGCCGCCGCCGCCGCCGCCGCCGCCGCCAGUCGGUGCGGACACGAGGAGAGCCCCUAUUUCCACGGCUGGCUGCUGGGCCACCCCGACAUGUCCCCCCCCGACUACGGCAUGGCUCUGUCCUACAGCCCCGAGUACGCCAACGGCGCGGCCGGGCCGGACCACUCCCACUACGGGGGGGGCGGAGGCCCCGGCGGCGGCGGCGGCGGCGGCGUUGGAGGAGGAGGGGGCGGCGGCGGGGGGUGCGGACCCCCGGGCGCCGGGCCGCCGGGCCUCGGGGGUCCGCGGCCGGUCAAGAGGCGGGGCACGGCCAACCGCAAGGAGCGGCGCAGGACUCAGAGCAUCAACAGCGCCUUCGCCGAGCUGCGGGAGUGCAUCCCCAACGUGCCCGCCGACACCAAGCUCUCCAAGAUCAAGACCCUCCGCCUGGCCACCAGCUACAUCGCCUACCUCAUGGACCUGCUGGCCAAAGAUGACCAGCACGGGGAGGCGGAGGCCUUCAAGGCCGAGAUCAAGAAGACCGACGUGAAGGAGGAGAAGAGGAAGAAGGAGCUGAACGAAAUCUUGAAAAGCACAGUGAGCAGCAACGAUAAGAAAACGAAAGGCAGGACUGGCUGGCCGCAGCAUGUGUGGGCCCUGGAGCUCAAGCAAUGAGAAGACAGAGAGGGGAGAGAGAGAGAGAGAGAGCAAGGGAGAGGGAGAGAGAGUGUGUGUGUCUCCGGGCUUCCCGGUUGGAUGAAGGACUCGAGAAAACCUCUCUCCCCGAAGCUCUGCGGCCGUCUCCUCCGAGGACUUUAUGUUUGGGGAAUCAUCCAGUUUAUUUAUGUGCAAUUUUCCCUUACCUCUUUCCUUCCCCUUCGAAGCUCCCUUCGCCCUCUCCCCCUCCCACCCCUCAAAAAAAUGUGGAUAUUGGAAGAAAAGCAUUCCAUGUUUUACUAUGAAGAGGAGACUCCAGCGUGGUAAGGGGUUCUGUCGCCUCGGUUUUAUUUUUUUUUUUUUUUGUGAAUGUUCUUUCUCUGUCUGUAUAGGACACGCGGCAACAGCAAUCCAACAUUUCCAACCUAACCCAGCUAAAAAAAA